UCCCACCAAUUCUCUCUCUCCUCCUCUCGCGGUCUCUUUCUCUCUGCUAAGCCCUGCCCAAAACCCUAGUCGAUGACUGUCGUCCGCCGCUGCGAACCCUAGCCAUUGCCUCUCCACCACCAGCGGAACCUUGUCUUCUUCCCUCCAUUCUUCACGAAACCAUAGAUCUGUGAGGUUCCGAGAGCUCUUCCACAAUGUCGAUGUCAAAGAGCUCGAAGAUGCUCCAGUACAUCAAUUACCGGAUGCGGGUGAUCAUCCAGGACGGCCGUCAGCUGGUCGGAAAGUUCAUGGCCUUCGACCGGCACAUGAACCUUGUCCUCGGCGACUGCGAGGAGUUCCGCAAGCUCCCUCCCGCUAAGGGAGCGAAGAAGAACGAGGAGCGGGAGGAGCGCAGGACCCUAGGGCUUGUUCUGCUCCGGGGCGAGGAGGUCAUCUCGAUGACCGUCGAGGGCCCUCCUCCGCCCGAUGAGUCCCGCUCCAAGGCUGUCUCCGCUGCUGCGAUGGCCGGACCCGGGAUUGGCCGUGCCGCCGGCCGUGGUGUUCCUACCGCUCCGCUCGUGCAGGCUCAGCCUGGCCUUGCUGGCCCGGUCCGCGGAGUCGGUGGCCCGUCCCCAGGGAUGAUGCAGCCUCAGAUGUCCCGUCCACCGGUGCCGCAGCUCUCUGCUCCGCCUGUUAGUUACCCUGCGGCACCCGUGAUCCGGCCUCCGUCGCAGAUGCCGCCGAACUUUGGACAGGGUCCACCGCCAAUGGGUCGUGGCCCUCCUGGUCCUGUCCCACCUCCUGGGCAGUACCCGGGUAGGCCGGGACCUCCUCCACAGUUCCCUGUUCCACCUCAGCAGUAUGGACAGAGGCCACCUAUGGUUCCGCCCCCUCAGGCAGCAAUGAUGAGAGGGCCACCAGGUCCCCCACGGCCUGGGAUGCCUGCACCGCCACCUCCACGGCCUGGGAUGCCACCUCCACCUGGUGGUGGUGUUCCAGUUUUUGGCCCGCCAAGACCAGGGAUGCCGCCACCACCAAAUGCUCAACAGCAGCCUCCACAGCAGUAACUUGGUUCUGUAUCCGAGCUCGGUGACGGGGAGACUAUCAUGUUACGGUCAUUUCCUUCUGCUCACUCUCAACACCCAUUCCAUUCCAAAAUCUCUUGCAGCUUGUAUCAACAUGGAUGUUUUACUUUCCCGAGAUAGGCUUCAGAAUCUGAAUCGGCAUUUUGUAGUAGCGUAGUAUGAGAGUGUUGGACCUUUCCGCCAUGCGGCUUGUUAAUGUGAAGUUUAGUGAUUAUAUCUGUGAUUGGUACAUAAGUUUAGGCAUGUUAUGAGAAUUGUCGAGGUUAUCGCUCUUGAGUUAAAUGCUGAACGAAUUUUCAGAUAACGUGAUCUUUAUGUUUAUCGCGAAAAAAAUGUUGAACAGGUUAAUCUGAUUGGCACUUUUUGUUCCCGCAUGGGAGUUGCAUUCUU